ACCAUACAAUGAUUAAACAACAAUAUUCAAAAAUUAUUUUACACUUCCUCUGAAUUGAUAGACAGGGCCGAUGCCCUGGUUGUUUUUCUCCGUUUCCCCUUCCCACUCCCAUUUUCAGCGCACAUUCUCUGCAACGGUUAAAAACAACACAACCUUGAAGCAUGGCUUCUUUGCAAUUCCUUUCCAGUCAACAACUCUACCCUUCUUCCCUCUGCAGUGGCAUAGCACCAAACCCCAACAAUCCUGGUAGAAGAAGUAGAAUAUCUUUGUUUAGAAAAUCUGGGUCGUUUUCUUUCCAUCUUAAUCCUCAAUUUCAAAGAAACCCAUCUGUCAAAGCUGCGUCUGCUGAUCCCAAAACCGGCAGAACACAAUUUGAGGAGAAGUUAAAUAAAUUAGCAGAUGAAGAGGACAAGAACGCUGGACUCUCAAGACUGACUCUCUUUUCCCCUUGCAAGAUUAAUGUUUUCUUGAGAAUAACCAAAAAGAGGGAAGAUGGAUUUCAUGAUUUGGCGUCUCUCUUUCAUGUGAUAAGUCUAGGAGAUAAAAUUAAUUUCGCCUUGUCACCAUCAAAGACUGAGGAUCGUUUGUCAGCCAAUGUGCCUGGGGUUCCCCUUGAUGAUAGAAAUUUAAUUAUCAAAGCUCUUAAUCUGUACCGGAAGAAGACUGGGAGUGAAAACUUCUUUUGGAUUCAUCUUGAUAAAAAGGUGCCUACUGGGGCAGGCCUUGGUGGCGGAAGUAGUAAUGCUGCAACAGCACUGUGGGCAGCCAAUCAGUUUAAUGGUUGUUUUUCCAGUGAGAAGGAACUCCAAGAAUGGUCAAGCGAGAUUGGUUCAGAUGUUCCCUUCUUUUUCUCUCAUGGAGCAGCUUAUUGUACUGGCAGAGGUGAGGUUGUUCAAGACAUUUCCCCUCCACUAUCAUCUAGCAUUCCAAUGGUUCUCAUAAAGCCCCAGGAGGCAUGCUCCACGGCAGAAGUUUACAAGCGUUUUCAAUUGGAUCAAACUAGUAAGAUAAAUCCUCUAAAGCUGCUGGAGAAAAUAUCAAUGCAUGGAAUAUCUCAAGAUGUUUGUAUCAACGAUUUGGAGGCUCCUGCAUUUGAUGUACUUCCAUCUCUUAAAAGAUUAAAACAACGAGUAGCUGCAGCAGGGCAUGGACAGUAUGAUGCUGUUUUCAUGUCUGGAAGUGGGAGCACUAUUGUUGGGAUAGGUUCUCCAAAUCCUCCACAAUUUAUCUAUGAUGACAAAGACUACCAAAAUGUAUUUUUGUCAGAUGCCAGCUUUAUCACUCGGGGAGAGAAUCAGUGGUACAUAGAACCUGCUUCAAUGAGUUCUUAUAGCUCUCGUUCGAAUUUUUCCCAGUCUGUUGAGUAAUUUAUCGUCUUGUAAAGUGAAAAUGAAAAUCAUGAUAUUUAUGGAUGCUCAUUUAUGGUACCUUUCUGUUAGCAGCAUAUUUGUCUUGAAAAUAUCUUGGGUUUCAUCUUGUUGAGAUGGUCAAUAUGUAUGUCUUGCCAUAGAAGGCAACUGAGUCUUACUAGGGAAGGGUAAAGGAUGCAUUUGUCCUUGAUGAACUCUUAUCAGCAGCACAGUUAAAUGUAACCCUUCCAAGCAAGAAAAGAGGAAACACCCUUGCAUCCCA